AGAACAAGUGUGUUUAGUUAAUGGAAUUACAUCUACACCCAAAAAGAUCGUUUGUGGUGUCCCGCAGGGAUCAAUUCUGGGUCCCUUACCAGAUUGUCUUGAUAAAACCACCCCUUGCUUGUAUGCAGAUGAUACUCAGAUUUUUUCGGCAGCGAAAGACUUAGAAAAACUUACUGAAAAUAUAAACCAUGAUAUGAACAAACUCAGAGAAUG